AUGACGUCCAAAAUCGCCCUCGCGUCACUUUUCGCGGCCGCUUAUGGCCAACAGAUCGGUACCUACACCACAGAGACUCAUCCUUCUCUUACUUGGCAAUCUUGUACCGCUAAAGGUUCAUGUACUACACAAAGCGGAAGUAUCGUUCUCGAUGGAAACUGGAGAUGGACUCAUAGUACGACCUCUUCGACAAACUGCUACACAGGAAACACUUGGGAUGCAACACUGUGCCCAGAUGAUGCCACCUGUGCACAGAACUGUGCACUUGAUGGUGCAGACUAUUCUGGAACCUACGGUAUCACAACCAGCGGUGAUUCUUUGAGACUCAAUUUCGUCACUCAAACAGCGAACAAGAAUGUCGGAUCUCGUGUUUACCUCUUGGCCGACAACACUCACUACAAGACAUUCAAUCUUUUGAACCAAGAGUUCACAUUCGAUGUUGAUGUCUCCAAUCUUCCUUGCGGAUUAAACGGUGCUGUUUACUUCGCUAACCUCCCAGCUGAUGGCGGCAUUUCCUCCACCAACAAGGCCGGUGCCCAGUACGGUACAGGAUAUUGUGAUUCACAAUGUCCUCGUGAUGGAAAAUUCAUCAAUGGAAAGGCAAACGUUGAUGGUUGGGUACCCUCAUCCAACAACCCCAACACUGGUGUUGGUAACUACGGCUCAUGCUGUGCUGAGAUGGAUAUCUGGGAAGCAAACUCAAUCUCCACUGCUGUUACUCCUCACUCUUGUGAUACCGUGACACAAACUGUCUGCACCGGAGACAACUGUGGUGGCACCUACUCGACCACAAGAUAUGCUGGUACUUGUGAUCCAGAUGGAUGUGAUUUCAACCCCUACCGCCAGGGUAACGAGAGCUUCUACGGUCCAGGAAAGACCGUUGACACCAACUCCGUUUUCACCAUUGUUACUCAGUUCCUCACCACCGAUGGCACUUCCUCCGGUACCCUCAACGAAAUCAAACGUUUCUACGUCCAAAACGGCAAAGUCAUCCCCAACUCGGAAUCAACCAUCUCCGGCGUCACCGGAAACUCCAUCACGACCCCCUUCUGCACCGCCCAAAAGACUGCCUUUGGCGACCCAACCUCCUUCUCCGACCACGGCGGAUUGGCCUCCAUGUCCGCUGCUUUCGAAGCCGGUAUGGUGCUCGUCUUGUCGCUCUGGGAUGAUUACUAUGCCAAUAUGCUCUGGCUAGACUCUACCUAUCCUACUACCAAGACUGGUGCUGGUGGCCCCAGAGGUACUUGCUCUACUAGUAGUGGUGUUCCUGCUUCCGUGGAGGCGAGCUCCCCAAAUGCUUAUGUCGUUUAUAGCAAUAUUAAGGUGGGUGCUAUUAACUCUACUUUUGGUUAA